AUGGUGUUAACCACCGAUGUUGAAAAAACCCUUUUGCCUAGAAUCGAAUUUUUCCGAUCUAAAGGUAUUUCAAACCCUGACCUUGCUCAAAUCUUAUCUAGCAACCCAACUAUUUUAUCAUCAAGCUUAGAAAAUCAAUUAAUCCCAUCAUUUGAUUUGCUUAGUAAUGUGCUUAAAUCCAAUGAGAAGAUUAUCAGUGCUUUGAAACGUCAUCCACGCCUUCUGAAUUACAAUCCUAAUGAUGUUUUGUUGGUUAAUAUCAAUAUUUUGGUUGAUAAUGGAGUUAAUGAAUGUCAUAUAGCUUCAACACUUUGUUCAAAGCCAUCAACAUUGACUGUAAGUCCAAUUAAGUUUAAAUCCGUGGUGCAAGAAGCAAAAGAAAUGGGGUUUGAUCCUUGUAAAGGAAUGCUUAUGGUAGCAAUCUAUGCGUUGGGCUCGAUGGCCAAACCGACAUUGAAGAGAAAAUUCGAAGCUUUUAAGAAAUUCACUUGGUCCGAUGAAGAGAUUUCUGAACCUUUCCGGAGGUAUCCGUCAUUCAUUAGGUUGUCGGUGGAUAAUUUGAUGGUGACUAUGGAUUUCCUAGUGAAUAAAAUGGGGUGUUCGCCUAGUUUUAUUGCUAAACGACCGCGGUUGUUGCUAAUGAGCAUGGAGAAAAAGAUUGUUUCAAGGUUUCUGUUUGCUUGGGAUUUGUUGUCUAAAGGUGUUAUCAAGAACAUUAACUUGCAUGCCUUGUUGGAGACGUCAGAACAUUUGUUUAUCGAGAAGUUUGUUAACUGUUAUAAACCAGAAGAAGCAUCCCGGAUGUUGAAGCUAUAUCAUGAAAAGUUGGAUCUUUCGAAAAACUUGAGAAUGGAUGGUUACAAGCUGCAGCAUUUAUAG